AUGGGAGGUUGCGCGAGCAAGCCCAGAGCGUCGGACGGCCACCCACCCGCCGACAAUCCCAGCGCGCCGGAGCUGCUCGCCAAGUCCAUCAGCAUCCCCGCCGCUCCCGCGCCGGUCGAGGUAAAUCUCCUGAGCUCCUCCUCUCUUCCGAUUUCCUUCCCGAGGCCUGCGGAUCGAGGGAUCGGUGACGGCCGUUUCCUGGGAUCACAGGAGAAAGUAGAAGCAAACGGAGCAAAUGGGGGAGGGGAAACCAAGGAGGAGCCGCUGAUCGAUCUUUCGGAUUCGAAACCAGAGGCCCCCGCCGCCGGGGAUGUGAGCUCCGGCGAGGGAGAGCCGAAGGAGGCAGAGCCUGUCGCUGCAGAGAUCAGCAAGGAACUGGAAACCCUAGAUUUACAGGAGCCCAAGCAUGAGGAGCCCAAGAAGGAAGAUCUUCCCAAACCGGAUGCGGCAGAGAAGGAAACAGUCGCCGACGAAGCCACCACAGAUAAAGCAGUGGCAGAGCCGGUGGUGGUGGCGGCGGCGGCAGAUCUGGUCAAGAAAAAUGAGGAUGAUGAGGGAGAUGGAAUCGUCAAACCAGACGCCAAUACCACAGAGAAGAGGGAGGAGACUGCCGCAGCAGCCUCUUCCAGCUCUACAUAA